UCAAAUUUCACACCGUAUCGUAACGACAAAAUGGCAGCAAGUUUGUGGUUAUUUUUCUUCGUAAAUAUUCAACUGAUACGCCCCAGUUUCGCUGCAAAUGCAGCGUUUAGAAAGAAGGUCCAAGCUGUACCUUCGUGUGGAGUGAACAAGACAGAAAUGUACUAUCACAUCAAGCAAGCUCUGAAACUACCGUUCCAACAGAAACCUUCGAUAUGCGAUCAAAAUCUAACGAAAUAUGCUCAUCCACCAAAAGCACUGGUUGACGGUAAUUUCACGACGUUUUGGCAGACUGAAGGGGGAAAGGACAAAGCUAACAUAACGAUUGAUUUAUCAGGUCUUAAGCAAAAGUUUUACUACGCCAAAUCUAUCACGAUAUACUUUGGGGACUACUUUCGACCUGACCAACUCGCGCUGUACAAGAAGUCGAGCAUAAACGGCCGUUUCCAGCCAUGGCAUUACCUCGUUACAGACAGUAAGAAAUGUGAGGAGGUGUUUGGUGUUCCUUAUAAAGAUAUACCCUUCCCGAGAAAUUCUGUGUUGUGUAAAAGAUAUGACAGGGCUGCUGCACUGGAGACCAAGGAAAAUGUAACAAUUGGAUUGGAGGGAGGACGAGGAACAAUAUUCGAUGAAGAUGAGAAAGAAUUGAACACGGUUCUCCUGGACUGGAUGAAUGUAACUGGGGUGCAACUGAGAUUUUCUGGAAUAAGAAUAUUUCCUGAUUCAUUGACCCACCGCUGGCAACAUUACGUGGUGAGGGAGGUCGAGGUUGAGGCUUAUUGUCAUUGCCAUGGUCACGCCGAUGGUAUCAACUGUCCUUAUAACGAAACAAUCAAGGACAGGGUGUGCGUGUGUCAGGAAGGGACAUGCGGGGUACAAUGUGGAUAUUGCUGCCCAGCAUACAACCAGUAUCCAUUUAAAAGUGGAUCACUAGGACCUUUUGCAACGGAUAAAGAUGCAGCAUGUGAAAAAUGCAACUGCUACAAUCAUUCUGAUGUUUGCGAGUAUAAUGCGACGGUGGCCGCUGGUGCCAACGACUGUUCUUAUGGUAACAACGCAACUAAUGACGAAUGCAGUAUGGAUAUUCUUGGCAGAUACAAAGGUGGAGGAGUUUGCAUUGGUUGCAAGGACAACACCGAGGGAAUCAACUGUCAGCGAUGUGUUCCGAAGUUUUACCGGGAACAAGGCAAAAGUCACUGGGAGAAAGAUGCUUGUCAACCAUGUGACUGCUUUGUUAAUGGCACUGACAACACCACAAGAAAUGGUGUGGAAUAUCUAGAUUGUGUGAGAGACGUGAAGAAGCAGCAAAGCUUGGAAACCUGCAACUGCAAGCCAAGAAGCCGUUCAGCUUUUGUUCUUACGGGCAUCCUAAAGGGAAGCUUCUCGUUGCAAAAUUCGCCAGGUCAAUGCUUGUGCAAAAAUAAGACAACAGGAAGACGUUGUGAUCUCUGUGUGGACGGAUAUUACAACUUGACUGCAGAGAACCCUCGUGGAUGUUUAGCGUGUCUCUGUACUACAGAAGGAACCGUGAACGCGUCUAUAAAUUGCCAUCAAGAUAAUGGCGUGUGUUCCUGCAAGCCUCGUGUGAUUGGUGACAAAUGUAGCGAAUGUCAAAAUGGCACAUUCAACUUGGCGGAUGAAAAUGAAUAUGGCUGUACAGUUUGCAUGUGCAGUGGCAUUACACACAACUGUACGAGCAGCAAAGCUUACCGUGCCAAGACAAAGUAUGAUUUGCAAGGGUGGAAUCUGACACGCGACUUCAAUGAAGACGACGUUGUGAAGACUAUGAAUAUUCAGGAAGAAAUAAAUGGUCGACUGGUUGAUUUAGUAUCUUCAAACGUUAGCACAGGACAGAUCUUGCACUGGACUACGAAGGAAGAUUACUUUGAGGGAAAUAGCCUGGUAACUUCAUAUGGUGGUUAUCUCGAGUUCACCAGAAAAAUCUCGUUCGUUAAGAACGGAACAUUGCAAACAGAUCUUCGUAUCAUUAUUAAGGGUCCUCGAAAUGUCACAAUAGAAUCAUCUUUACCGCAGCUGAAUUCUACCACGCAGGGUCCAGAGGUGAUCUCUGUAAAAAUGGUUGAGUUUGGCUGGAAACAGUACGAUACCAACACGGCUGUUGACAGAAUGACAUUUAUGUUGGUCCUUUCAAAACCUGAGAAAAUGUGGAUCUCGGCAUCAUUUUUCACAUCUGGGAAUGAAUCUUACCAAACAAGCUUUGGUAAUCUUCACAUCAGCUCAGUUUCAAACGCGUCAACCGCUGCUAAUACGAUGGCUGUGGAUGUUGAACAGUGUUCCUGUGGAGAGGCAUACCAAGGAACUUCGUGCGAGCGCUGUGCUCGUGGGUACCACAGAGUAAACGUUUCCGGACAUCCUUUCUUUGGUCAGUGUAUUCCAUGUAACUGUCAUGGACACACGGAAGACUGUGAUCCUGACACUGGAAGGUGUUUGGAUUGCCAACACAACACAACUGGCUUCAAUUGCGCCGUAUGCAGAGACGGUUUCUACGGUAACGCUAGGAAUGGUACUGAGGAUGACUGUCGCAAGUGUCCAUGUGAAGCACCCAAAACUACCACUGACCUUUGUAAUAUGCUGCCUAAUGGUUCCGCUCAAUGUUUAAAUUGCUCAAAAGGCUACGAAAAGAACCUUGAAUGUAACAGGUGCGAUCUUGGAUAUUUCGGCUGGCCGUUUUUAGAAGGUGGUAAUUGUUCAAAAUGUGAAUGUAAUAACAACUCUGAAAUUUGUGACCGCGAGAGCGGUAGUUGUCUGGCGUACUGCGAAAAUAACUCAACUGGAUGGCAUUGUGAGCGAUGUGAAAAUGGCACGUAUGGAGACGCUACGAAGCAGCAAUGCCAAGGCUGUACAUGUGACAUAACUGGUAGUUACGACGUGCCAUGUGACUUCAGGACUGGACACUGCCAUUGCAAACCGCAUGUCGUGGGCUUCAACUGUUCCCGAUGCGAGGUUAACUCGUAUGGAUUUAGCGACACAGGCUGUCUGGAGUGUCAUUGCAACGAAUUUGGUUCGACGAACCUGCAGUGUAAUGACAGCGGUAUCUGCGAGUGCAAGAACCACACACAUGGUGACAAAUGUGAUGCUUGUUUGGAUUACUAUUAUGGAUUGCCAAAUGUCACAUGUAAAGAGUGUGCGUGCAAUGCUACUGGCUCAAACAACACCGUAUGCGAUCACAUAACGGGCGCGUGUCCUUGUAAAUUUGGCGUGGAAGGAAGACAAUGUGACAGUUGCAAAGUACAGCAUAAAGAUUUCUCUGACACUGGCUGUGAACGUUGUCCUCCAUGCACGAGAAAGUUGCAAGGAAUCUUAGAUGAAUCAAACGACUUGUUGAUGACAACGAAAACUAAGGCAGAUCAGGCGAACACGUCUCUUGAUUAUUACGACAGGUUAAGUCAACUUGAGAAGAAGAUCGAAGGUGUAAAGGAAAUGGAAGACAAACACGUGAACAUCAUAAGAAGACUCGAGGGUCAUCGCAACACGAGCAUCAAUGCAACUAUUCUAGGCUUGGAGGAAAGGAACGCAAAAUUGAAGGUCGAGGCUCAAAUUCUGGACCUCAAUUUGACUUCGGAAACUCGGAGAGUUGAGGAUAUUUUUAACAACUCAAAGCUUGCCAAUGAUUAUGCCAACGAUGUGACAAGUCGAACCAGAGAAAUUGUUGAUGAUCUGAAGAAACUUUCAAACGAAAGCAAAACCAUGAACAUUUCCGCGUCAGAUACUGUUAACUUCAUGCUAGAAAGCAUUUCGGACGCCAAGUCUCAAGCUUCCCGUGCAAGCAACUUAAAAAACGCUGUGGAACAGACUUCUAACGAAACUGAAAGCGUUGCUGUAGACAUUGAGGAUUCCACUGAAGUUAUUGAGAGGCUUUCAAAGAUGAUUGAACAAUUCAAUGAUGACUUAAAUCGCACAAAAACACGAAUUGAUAAAGACAAACUACAGUUAAAAACAACACAUGAUGAAAUUGAAGCUGUUAAGAACUUGAACAACGAGACGAGUUUUAUUACAAUGAAUACAAAAACAGCAUUACGACAAACAUCGUUGAACAUAAAUAAUACCAACGCCUUCAACGCUGAGGGUGAAGUUAACUACAAGAGUAUAAGAGAUACAAAAUUGCCAGAACUGAAUCAAGAGUUGGAGACUUUGAAAACUGAUAUCAAUAAUGUGAAUGCAUCGUACUGGAAUGCUCUGCCUUUAGUAGCAAACGCCAGUCGACACGCUGACAAGUUGGACUCGGAAGCCCGUCGACUGGAGAGAAAUUUCUCUGAGGCCAAAAAUCACGGAGAGAAGGCUGAUCAAUCUAUUAAAACGUACGAAAGAACCACGAAGACGAUCGAAGACGCUAAAGAAAAAUCAAUCAAAGCCAACAAAGAUGUGACCGAACUUAUGAGCAGAAUUCAAAAUUUAACGAGCCAAAGUCAAAGUGUGAACGCAAGAGCUUCGGAAUGCAAAAAUGCCAGUGUUCAACUUCUUGCUGAGACUAGGAAACGAAAUGUGGAAAUUGAUGACAUGAACAGAACUAUUUCAGAUACUUUCAAGCUAUUCAUCGAUGCAAAUGAGACUUGCAAUAGGGUCGAAGUGGAUGCGAGUAUUUUUGAAGAUAAACGUUCAUCGAUUAUAAAGGUCGCCGCAUCAGAUGGGCCGUUUAUAAAUAACACCUUAGAGAAUGCUACCAAAAAUGUUUCAAAAACGCAGGAUAUUCGCGAAAGAAUCGAACUGGAGGGCAUUGAAUUGAGGAAGAGAUUAUCGCAAGCGAAUAAGACCUUAGAAGAGAUUGAUGAUUUGGUUGCAAACUCAAGCAAAUUGCUGGAGAAAACUCAUUUUACAGGCAACGAAACAGCAAAACUGUUGGCUAACAUCUCUCAGAGCGUCAACCUAACGAAACAGGUGAACGAUGAAAAUCAUCAGCGGGAGAUAUCCUUGUUGAGAAAGAUAGGAAAUUUAGAAUCACGUUUGAAAGCUGCAAAGGAUAAGAUCGCCAAGUUCCGUCUGGCAUUGAAAGUGAAGGGAAACACAUCGGUUGAAUACAAGCCUACAAAACGAAUGAUAUCCAAUCCUCUUCUGAAUAGUGUAUCAUUGGAUUUCAAAACAAGCCGUUCAACUGGUCUACUCCUUUAUUUGUCUCCUAACACGCAUCAAAGUCUUUCGUUGAAGCUGGUUAUAAACCGAGUUCGUUUCACUUAUAAAAUCGACUCGUUUCCCGUCGUCAUAACUAACUGGGAGGUUCCAAUUGAUGAUGAUGUUUGGUAUCGUGUUUAUGCCUCAAGAUACGACGAAAGCGCGAGAUUGACGGUGACGAAUUUAAACACAAGUUUCUCAAGAACGUACGAGGAUCCUACAAACACAAAAGCAUCUUUCAAAAACCUUCGAAUGGAGUUUACUGCGAACAGUUCUGUCUUUCUUGGCGGCGUUCCCCCGGAUUUCUCGCAGGCAAACUUGACAGAGAGAUACUUUGAUGGUGAUCUAGACAAUUUGAUUCUCAAUGAAGACAAAGUACCAUUAUGGGAACCACUUAAAGUUGAAGGAGUUCGAAAGUUUGUCGCGAAAAGAGUUUCAGAGAAUCCAAUCAAAUGUGUAACGUUUCAUGGCGAUGGCUACAUUAAACAACGAGCUGGAGUCGAUUUUUAUACACAAAUGAACUCCAGUCUACAUUUUCAAUUUCGAUCGUUUUUCAAGAACGCGUUGAUAGUCUUAGUCGAAGGAGGCAACCAGCAAUUUAUAUACAGUGUUUCUCUAAGCGAUGGUCAUGUGAUUUUCCGCUACAAUAAAACGAGGCUUCGUAGUAGCAAUUCUGACUAUAACGACGGGAAAUGGUAUCAUGUUGCUGUUACCAGAACCUUGAAGAACGCGUCCCUUCAUAUCACACCUCUGGAACCUGGAUCGAAGAAAGGCAGUGAUUAUGUCAAUGAAAGUACAUCGCUUCCUGCAUACUUACCAGACGCAGAAUAUAUCUACUUCGGCGGCUCGAAUGAAACUCGAGAACGUUUUGCUGGCGAUAUGAAGUAUGUCUUUCUGAGCUCUUUUGUGAAAAAUAAGCUGGUUGCGAGAAGUCUGAGCGACAAAAAUCUGACAAUUGAUUCAACUGGCGUCGCCUUUGACCAGUGCUUGGAUCAGGUUGAAAAAGGACUCAGGUAUUCAAAUGGUUACUCCAUUGUAAACACCGAGAACAUCACAACUUUGGAAUCACUGGAAAUCACAUUCAAAACGAAAGAACCAAGUGGGUUACUGGCCUAUAGCGUCAAAGAGAAUCUUCAUUUCUACCUCGCUCUGUUUCAUGGCAAUUUGUUCUUGGUUUACGGCAAAAGCAACAGUUACAACUCCUCGUUGCAAACCGACACGGAGACACUGAACGACGGAGCAUUUCACACUGUUACAGUAGAAAUAAAGAACUCAAGAAUUCAAAUGAAGUGGGACACAAGCAGUGAAACUUUAUCACGUGAUCUCUCACGUGACGAACCAGCACCGCUUCCGCUCAAGAACUUGUUCAUUGCUGGUAUCCCGUCGUCCAUUGCAAUCCCUCUGCUAGUUCCUAUCUUGAGCUCUUUCAACGGAGACGUGAAACAUGUCCAGGUUAAUGGAGCCACGUUGUUUGAUGGCAGCUCCUUGCGGGUAUUCACUUCAGCGACAAGUGUUGGUGUGUCUGCUUCAGGGGUGUCACCCUCUAUGACUGUACCUACAACAGAAAUGCCCACAAAUACCCCAGCUCCACCAACUUGUGGUUCCAAAUACCCCGAGAAAGUCCACUCUGAGAAACAGAAUGAGGUUCAUUUCUCCGGAAUUGACAGCUACCUUUCACCUAAAGUUUACCAGAGUCUCAUUAACGAAAUGGCAAUCAGUUUUGUUAUUUCAAUCGAGUUUCGUGCUCUCUCUCCGAACGGAGUUUUAUUCAUGGCCGCUGAUAACCAGACCUCGCAAUUUGUCACACUCGAAUUGGUUGAUGGGUAUUUGGUGUACCAAUUCAAUACAGGAAGCGGACUGGUGCGAAUGAGGACCACUGGAACCUACAGUGUUGGUGGAAUUUGGUAUCAGGUGGACUUGUUGCGGAUCAGCCAUUUCGGUGCAAUGGUUGUACGACAAACAAAGGAAUAUCACAAGAACGACAACAAAGAGAAUGGAACAGAACCACUCAAUAUUACCCAAGUUUUUGUCGGUGGUACCAAUGGAUAUAUCGAUACUUCAUUUCUUGAGAACCGAGAGGCGCCGAGCUUUUUCGGGUGUAUCCGAUCUGUGGUGAUUGAAACACAGGUUCAGCGUCAAUCAUUAAAUUUAAGUGGUGAUGCUGUUUCAAUGAAACAUAUCCGGCCGGGACAAUGUUACGAUCAUGUUCAACCACAAGUCAGUUUUAAUGGCUCAGGUUUUGCUGAGCUAGAUGGCAAGUUUAACCUGUCAGCUCAAAGUGUGUUGAGCAUUAAAUUUCGAACAACAAAAAGAAAUGGAUUGUUGUUUUUCGCCACAAGUCAAACUGGAGAUCAUACAAUGGCCGUUGAGCAAGUUAAUGGUCAGAUGCACCUUUCGUAUGUGGAAAGUAAUAACUUGUCGACGUUACAUUGGAUUGAUCCAGUAAUUACAUCGCCUGAAUAUGUGAAUAGCUCCUAUGCUGUUUGUGACAACAUCUACCAUACUGUUAACGUCAGACGUUCAAAUGGACGGGUAGAAAUGGAUGUUGAUGGGAAAGGUCCUGUCAGAACUAACAUCGCUAAUGGUGAACUCAGUGGUACCGUCUAUAUCGGUGGAGUACCAAAUGUCCUACGUGAAAAGGCGAGAAAAAUGGGGCCUGGAUUUGCCGGGUGUAUCGAAAGCGUUCACAUUGAUCGACACGUCGUUGACUUCAAACAUGGAACAUCUGCAGAAAAUUCCAUCCUGGAGUUUGGUUGUCGCGGACCCAUUAAACCACAGCAAAGUUACUCAUCUCUAAAUAUCUUUAAAGUGAUGGUCAAUUAGCCACGGACUGUUUAUUUAUAAACGAACACAGACAAACGCCUGCAUGUUAUGCCCAGCAUAAUGACCUGUUAAGAAAUUGCACGGGAAUCUAAUUGGCCCAAAUUUUUAUGUUUCGAAAUAUUGCCUGUUAUCUUUACAAUUCACGUUACCACUAGUUUUCUUAUUUGCUUUUUCCUAAUCCGCUCUCCCAAAAACGGGGCGAAAUCCUUUCAUUUUUGCUGAUGAUUUGUGUAGUUCUCCCAGCGCCUCUCAUUCCGCAAGUAAUGAAUUAAUAUCUUAAUUAAUCAAAAAUCACAUCAGUAAUUAGUCUUUUAUGAGAGCUUAUUAAGAGCAAGCGGGUUGUCAUAGCGACACAGCAUUACGUCUAUUGUCUUACAAAGUAGA